AAUGUUGGCAUGGCGACCGGAAAACAGACUGGUACAUUUUGACUAACAUUUUGAGCUUUGUUUUUCAUCUUUUCGUGUACAAUGGGGAAUAGUUUAAAAUCCAGAAGGGAUAUUACAAUCACUCUCCUUGGAUUAGACGGUGCUGGUAAAUCAAGCUUGUUACAGAUCCUAACAGACGAUGAGGAAAAUACCGCUCCAUUGCCAACAAUUGGAUACACAACAAGAAAAAUUAGAAAAGGAAGAUAUAAUAUUUUAUUAGCUGAAGUUGGGGGAGGAGUAGAUAUUCGUAGCAUUUGGCCUAAAUAUUAUGCACAGUGUCACGCUAUCAUUUACAUGAUUGAUGGAAGCAGUAAUAGAGAGAAACUCCAUGAAAGUAAAGAAGAGCUCCACAAAGUCCUGCUAGACAAUAGAAUGAUAGGGAAGCCAUUACUAGUCAUUUGCAACAAAACUGACAAUGAAAACUGUGUCAGCCCUACCGAACUUGUUAAUUUAUUGGAUCUAUCUAGUAUAUUGCAAGAAAGCAUUAAUAAUGGAUUGGUAACUCAAAUAAUUACUCGAGUGUGGCAGUGUAGCUGUUUGAGAAAUAACAGUAGGAGGAUGGAUCGGAGGAUAAAUCAUGCCAUGAAGUGGUUACUUGAAAGAGUAUCGAAUGAAUGGAAUACACUGUCAGUAAGAGUCAAUGAGCAACAUGAGUCUGAACUAAAAGAGAAAGAAUUAGCAAAACAGGCUAGAAUUGAAGAAAGGAAAAGAAGGAGAGAGGAAGAAGAAAGAGUUGAAAGAGAAACUGUUGAAUCAGUUAAAGGGAACCAUGACAAACAAGAUGAUGAUAAUAACGGCAUAAUAACAGUAACUGCAGAGAUUGAGCCAGUAAAUGAAGUAUUGGUGAAAGAUUUAACUAGUACUACUGAUCGAUCUUCAGAUAAUCUUAUUGCUACUGUUAGUUCUGAAUCUGUACACUCAAAAAAUGAAAAGAUUAAGACUGCAAAAAUACUGCGAAAAGUGAAACGGAAUAAACUAGUGCCAAUUAACCACGACCCAGUCGACCCUAGCUCCUUUUCAUCAAAACCUCCCUUACUGUCUCCAUGGGUAACUAAUGGAGAACAUGUCCAUACUGGUACAAUUAAGACUCUAACUGCUAAUGCUGAUACAUUAGUGCAGACUCACAAAUUAAUUCCAAUAGGCAAUCAUCAUCCCAAUACUAAUGAUAGUUUCACUGCCCCACAAGAUGUUUUUCUGCAUUCUCCUGCAGAAUAUUGAGAAUUAUUGAGAUGCCACCCACGUUCAUUCAUUUUUAAUUUUGUAUUUAUUAUUGUAGUAUACGGUCCCGUUUACAUCAGUCUAAUAACCAUUAA